UGCUUUUGCUUGAAGAAAGAAGCAGGGGGUGUUUUGGUCAUAAGAAAUUUGGGAGUUGGAAAGAGACAAGCCAUAAGGGCAAAGGCAAUCCAUCCUGUGAAAUAUAAAAAAAGACGGAAAAUUAGAGGAAUAGCCAUUUAAAACUUGUUAAGAGGUAAGAGCCAAAGGCAGCAUUGGCAAGGAAUAAGCUGAAACUUCUCUACUCCAAAAAAUAUUCAAACAAGCAAAGAAAAGAAUUCUCACUUCCCUUCACCCUCGUUUUCCUCUCUCUCUAUAUCUCUUCCCCUCCCCUCCUCUCUCACUUUGGAAUUCCUAAGUCUCUCUCUCUUCUCAAUCAGCAGGAUGGCUAUGGUUCAUUUUUUUCUUCUAUUUUCUCUGGCUUUCUCAGAUGGUGUUCUUCAGAGAGUUGCAUCUCUUGGCAUCAACUAUGGGCAGGUGGCCAACAAUUUGCCAGCACCAGAGCAAGUUCUCGAACUCUUAACCUCCCUUAAGCUCACAAAAGCAAGAAUCUACGACACCAAUCCUCAAGUUCUAAAAGCAUUUGCCCACUCCAACGUUGAGCUUAUUGUCACUGUAGAAAACCAAAUGCUACCUGUUUUGAUGGACCCUCAACAAGCCUUUCAAUGGGUUAGUACCCAAAUCAGGCCAUAUUAUCCGGCCACAAGAAUCACCGGAAUCGCCGUAGGAAACGAGGUAUUCACCGAUGAUGACACAUCAUUAUUAGCAUAUCUAGUUCCAGCCAUAGUCAGCAUUCAUGGGGCACUAGUUCAAUUAGGCAUAAACAACAUUCAAGUCUCAACACCAAAUUCUUUAGCUGUACUAGCCCAGUCAUUCCCUCCUUCAGCAGGUAGUUUCAAAAGUGAAGUCUCAGGAGCCAUGUCACAAUAUUUGCAAUUUUUGUCAAGCACUAAGUCACCAUUUUGGAUCAAUGCAUACCCAUAUUUUGCUUAUAAGGAUGACCCUAACAGGGUUUCCUUGGACUACGUUCUUUUUAACCCUAACUCAGGCAUGAUUGACCCCUACACCAAGCUUCACUAUGACAAUAUGCUGUAUGCUCAAGUAGAUGCUAUUAUUUUCGCCAUGGCUAGAUUGGGUUACAAUGGAAUUGAGAUUAGGGUAUCAGAGACUGGGUGGCCAUCAAAAGGAGACCCAGAUGAAAUUGGUGCAACCAUUGAAAAUGCAGCAGCCUACAACAGAAAUUUGCUGAGAAGGCAAUUGGAGAAUGAAGGGACGCCUUUGAGGCCUAACAUGAGGCUAGAAGUUUAUCUGUUUGCUUUGUUCAACGAAGAUAUGAAGCCUGGACCAACAUCAGAGAGAAACUAUGGUCUCUAUCAACCUGAUUGUACCAUGGCUUACAAUGUGGGGCUCUCUGCCCUUUCAGGUUCUUCAGCUUCAUCAGCUUCCAUUUCUCUCACUUCGUCUGCCACUAAGGCUUCAAACAAGGAUUAUGAUCAAAGCUUGGUGUUCUGGAUGUUUGUGUAUUUGCUGACCUUCCAAGUUUUUAUGAGAAGACCAUUUUAAGGAAUUAUUGGAGUCCAAAUGUGUAUAUAUAUUCUUGUUUUAUAUAUCUUGCAUUAUGGUAAGAAACGUUAGGUUGAUCUUUGAUUUCCAUUUUGCUUUUUGCUUU